CUAAAUCAUCAAUAUCCAUUAAAUUUUUCCCAUUAUUUUUUAUAUAUUUAUUUUAGCGAAAAAUCAUUUUUUUCUGUUCUUCGGAAAUUGUCUCAAUCAAAAACCCUAGUUUUGUGUGCGCUUCCAAUUCCCCAAUUUUCAACUAUACAAUUUGCUCCAGUUCCGAAGCUGGGGGAAUAGGAAAAUAGUGAUCUGAAUUUCGUCCCUGAAAAAAAACCCUAGCUUUUGGAUCGCGCUUAGGAGCUCGAAUUCCGAAGCCUUUUUUGUUGCAUUAGAUUUGGUUUUGUAGAUUUUAGAUUGGAUUUGGUGAUAAAGUUGAGAUCUUUCAACGAUUCAGCUGGUCAGAGUAGUAGCGCUCUGCAUUUCACAUUUGGGGCCCACAAAUCGGGUCUCAAGAUCACGGUAUAUAGUUUCUGGGGCAUUAGGAUAUCAGUGCUUUUUUUUGGAAGCUGAAGGCAGUUCAAUGAGGCAUAGAUUUGGCAAAUGAUAUUUUCAACGAAGCAGUUUAGCUAGCACUGCUACUUGUAGUGGCUUGAUGCUGAGGGCAGUAUGCCGGUUAUAGUUGGGGAGAAAUGCAAAGGUAUCAUGCUGGCGGCUGCACUAGUGCAGUUAAUAACAAUUCAAUUGGUGGGCCAUCGGCUAGGGACAUUGGAAGAAUUGAUUCAUCUUCCUUGCCAACCAACUUUCCUGUAAGUUCAAGGCGACAACCACAACCACCACUACCACCAUUUAACCUGUACAAGUUGAAGUGUGAUAAAGAGCACCUGAACUCUAGGCUUGGGCCGCCGGACUUUAACCCUCAAACACCAAAUUGCAAUGAGGAGACUCUCACCAAAGAAUAUUUGCAAUCUGGAUAUAGAGACACAGUUGAGGGGCUUGAGGAAGCCAGAGAAAUAUUGCUGACCCAGAUUCCUCAUUUUAACAAGACAACUGUCCUUAAUUGCAAAGAGGCCAUUAGAAAACGAUUAAGGGCCAUCAAUGAAUCUCGCGUUCAGAAGCGGAAGGCUGGUCAAGUCUAUGGAGUGGCUCUUUCAGAAUCACAACUUUCAAAACCUGGUGUUUUCCCUGAACAAAGGCCGUGUUCUGAAGACUUCCGGAAGAAAUGGAUUGAGGGUUUAUCUCAACAGCACAAGCGACUACGUUCUUUGGCCGAUCUUGUUCCUCAAUAUCGAAGGAAAUCAGUUUUGGAGAUUCUUAUUAGGAACAAUGUUCCUUUGCCAAGGGCAACCUGGUUUGUGAAGGUUACUUACCUCAAUUUGGUUCGUCCUGGUUCUGCCAGUUUUCCUUCUGGGACUAAUGACAAAACACAGCUGUCUUGUUCUGACCUUUGGACCAAAGAUAUUAUUGAGUACUUGCAAACUCUUCUGGAUGAUUUUUUCUCCAAAAAUACUUCUCAUUCAACUCUUCAUAAUCGAGAUCGAUCACCCCAAAUGCCCUAUACAACGUCACUUAAGAACAGAAGUAACCGGUUAUUACCUGUUUCUAAUGGCGAGGAACCAUCUUUACAUUUUAGAUGGUGGUUUGUUGUUCGGCUUCUGCAGUGGCAUCAUGCUGAAGGACUGGUUCUUCCUUCUCUGGUCAUUGACUGGGUUUUAAAUCAACUACAGACUUCAGGUUUUGAUUUUUCAAUCUCCGGCUUCUUUCAGGAAAAGCAAUUGCUUGAAAUUUGGCAGCUGCUUUUGCCUAUUGUAUAUGGCUUUUUAGAAAUUGUCGUUCUGUCUCAAACAUAUGUACGCACUCUUGCUGGCCUAGCUCUUCGUAUUAUUCGUGAUCCUGCUCCAGGUGGGUCAGAUCUAGUAGAUAAUUCUCGGAGGGCAUAUACGACUUCUGCUCUUAUUGAGAUGCUUCGGUAUUUAAUAGUUGCAGUUCCAGAGACUUUUGUUGCUUUAGAUUGUUUUCCUUUGCCAUCCUCUGUAGUUUCACAUGCAAUUAAUGAUGGCAAUUUUGUACCAAAAGCAAUUGAAGCUGCAGAAAAGAUAAAAACUAGUUCAGAAGAUGUUGUGUGUAUAUUUAAAAGUAAAGGCCUUGAUGCCCGAUACGAGUCUCUGGCAUUUGACCGUGUUAUUUCGAGCAUACAAAAACAUUCAGAAAAUCUCACAAAGGCUGUAAGCCCAGGCUGUCCAGAGCAUUGUCUCGCGAAAGCUGCACAAGCUUUGGAUAAAUCUCUUGUACUUGGUGAUAUACAUGGAGCAUACAAAUUUCUUUUUGAAGAUCUAUAUGAUAGACCUACUUCUGACGGUUGGGUUGCAAAAGUUAGCCCUUGCUUAAAGUUAUCCUUGAAGUGGUUUGUGAAUGUAAAUACAUCACUUAUUUAUUCAGUGUUUUUCCUUUGUGAAUGGGCAACAUGUGAUUUUAGGAAUUUUCGAACUGCUCCUCCUUGUGAAAUAAAGCUCACGGGCAAGAAAGAUAUUUCCCAAGUGCAUAUAGCAGUUAGACUUUUAAAGAUGAAGCUGAGGAAUAUGCAUACUUUAACAAGGAAAAAGAACGAAGUCACUAAUCAUGGAGUCGGUUAUUUAGCAAAAUGUUCUGGUCAGCAAAAUAAUUGUAAUAAUGGAUCCAAAAUAAAAUCUAGCUCAAAAAGUAUGAAUCAGAGUAUCUGUUCAGUUGCAUUUGAAAGUCCGGGUCCUCUACAUGAUAUCAUAGUUUGCUGGAUUGAUCAGCAUGUGGUGCGUAAAGGAGAAGGCCUCAAGCGCUUGCAUAUCUUUAUAGUGGAACUCAUUCGUGCAGGCAUCUUUUACCCUUUGGCUUAUGUACGUCAGCUGAUAGUGAGUGGAAUCAUGGAUACAAGUGGAAAUAUGGUUGAUCUAGAGAGACAAAAGAGACAUUCUCGAAUCCUGAAGCAGCUUCCUGGAAACUUCAUUCGUCAUGCUUUGGAAGAAUCAGGGAUUAUUGAAGGACCACUGCUUAUCGAAGCCUUGCAUGUUUACUUGAACGAGCGACGCCUCAUACUUCGUGGUUCCUUUAAUGAGAACCAUGACAAUGUCGACAAUACCAAUAAUUCUUCUAUCAAUCAAAGAAAUUCUACAUUUUCAAUAAAAGAUGAAUCUUCUACAGUAUCAAUCAAUCAGCUUCCUUCAAACAAAAUAUCUUGUAAAGUUAAGAAGGAUGACACUAGUGUUGAAGACCUGAAGACAGCCAUAUCAGUAUUGUUACAGCUGCCAAACAGUUUAUCUAAUUUGAGCACUACUGGAUUGGGUGAAUCUCAAAGCAGUGUCAAAAGACCUAUUGAGUUUCUCAGCAAGAUUGAUCUCAUGGAGGCUACACCUGGAUGUGAAGAAUGUAAAAGAGCAAAGAAACAAAAAUUAAGUGAGGAAAGAAGUUCAUUUGUUCAAGCUCAGUUUCCAGUUUUACCCCAGGAUGAAGAUACAUGGUGGGUGAAAAAGGGCCUGAAAUCUCCAGAGCCUCUCAAAGUUGACCAACCACUUAAGACAACUAAGCCGGUUGCUAAGAAUCGGCAAAAGACAGUGCGUAAAACCCAAAGUCUUGCUCAACUGGCUGCUUCUAGAAUCGAAGGUAGCCAAGGGGCAUCAACAAGUCAUGUGUGUGAAAAUAAGGUAAGUUGCCCUCACCAUAGAAAUGCUAUGGAUGGAGAUACGACAAAGUCUGUUGACGGAAUCCGAACUGGUCAAUGUGAGGAUAUUGUUUCAACAGGAAAAGCACUAAAGCGCCUUCGAUUUGUUGAUAAAAGGGAAAUUACAGUUUGGCUGAUGACUUCAAUUAGGCAGCUUAUUGGAGACACUGAAAAAAGUAUUGGUAAAGUUGGUCAGUUUGGCAGGCCUAUAACCACUGUGGAUGAUAGAAGUACAAUAAGGUGGAAACUUGGGGAAGAUGAACUUUCUGCUAUACUUUAUCUGAUGGAUGUCUCGGAUGAUUUAGUACCAGCUAUCAAAUUCCUCCUGUGGUUACUACCAAAGGUUUGCAGUAGCCCAAGUUCUACAAUUCAUAGUGGAAGAAAUAUUUUAAUGUUGCCAAGGAAUGUGGAUAACCAAGUUUGUAAUGUUGGGGAGGCUUUUCUACUCUCAUCACUGAGAAGGUAUGAGAACAUCCUUGCUACAUCAGAUCUUAUUCCUGAAGCUCUGUCAUCUGUAAUGCAUCGGGCCGCAGCUAUUAUAACAUCUAAUGGCCGGGUUUCAGGUUCAGGUGCCCUUGCUUUUGCCCGUUAUCUGUUGAAAAAAUAUAGCAAUGUGGUCAGUGUCAUUGAGUGGGAGAAAAAUUUCAAAACCACAUUUGAUAAGAGACUUGCUUCUGAACUUGACUCUGGAGGACGAUUGGUUGAUGGAGAGUUUGGGCUUCCCCUUGGUGUUCCUGCAGGAGUAGAGGACCCUGAUGAUUAUUUCCGUCAAAAGAUAAGUGGUGGUCGGUUACUGUCCAGGGUAGGUUCAGGCAUGAGAGAUGUUGUACAUCGUAAUGUGGAAGAUGCGUUUCACUGUCUUUUUGGAAAAGACAGAAAGCUUUUUGCUGCUGGAUCGCCAAAAGUUCCUUCUUUAGAAAAAUGGGAUAAUGGAUAUCAAAUUGCUCAACAAAUAGUUAUAAGCCUGAUGGAUUGCAUUAGGCAGACUGGUGGUGCUGCUCAAGAAGGAGAUCCCUCUUUGGUCACUUCUGCUGUUUCUGCCAUUGUUGGCAGCGUUGGCCCAUCUUUAGCAAAAUUACCUGAUUUUUCCGCUGGCAAUAAUCAUCCAAACAUAUCACUGGCCACAAGUUCAUUGAACUAUGCUAAAUGCAUUCUGCGAAUGCAUAUAACAUGUUUGUGUUUGCUUAAGGAAGCUUUGGGAGAACGUCAGAGCCGUGUAUUUGAUAUUGCUCUUGCAACAGAAGCUUCUAAUGCUCUUGCUGGAGUUUUUGCUCCAAGUAAAGCAUCUAGAAAUCAGUUUCAAAUGUCACCUGAAACCUAUGAUACAAGUGCAACUACGCCAAAUGAUGUAAAUAGCUCCAGUAAAAUUGUGCUCGCCAGAACAACAAAAAUUGCUGCUUCUGUUUCUGCACUUAUUGUUGGUGCAAUUAUAUACGGUGUUACCAGCCUGGAGAGAAUGGUAACCAUUCUGAGGUUAAAGGAGGGCCUGGAUGUAGUUCAAUACGCACGAAGCUCGAGAUCCAAUUCGAAUGGAAAUGCACGUUCAGUUGGGGCUAUUAAGAUGGACAGUUCAGUUGAAGUACAUCUCCAUUGGUUUAGACUACUUGUUGGAAACUGCAGAACCAUCUGUGAAGGCUUAGUUGUGGAUCUCUUGAGUGAACCAUCCAUUGUAGCUCUUUCCAGAAUGCAGCGUAUGCUUCCUCUAAGUUUGGUUUUUCCACCUGCCUAUUCAAUAUUUGCCUUUGUCAUGUGGCGACCUUUUAUUAUGAACACUACUGUAACCAUACGCGAAGACACAAAUCAACUUUAUCAAACUCUGACAAUGGCCAUAAAUGAUGCAUUAAGACAUUUGCCUUUUCGAGAUGUAUGUUUAAGAGAUUCUCAGGGUCUUUAUGAUCUAAUGGCUGCAGAUACGAGUGAUUUGGAAUUUGCAACCUUGCUAGAGUUGAAUGGCUCUGAUAUGCGUUUAAAUUCCACUGCAUUUGUUCCACUUCGUGCUAGACUUUUCUUAAAUGCCAUGGUUGAUUGUAAGAUGCCGGAGUCUAUUUAUACAAAGGAUGGGGGAAGCCGGAUUUCCGGGCACGGUGAAUCUAAACUUCAUUUUACUGACAGUGAGUCUAAGCUGCAGGAAAAGCUUGUAGAUGUUUUAGAGGCUCUGCAACCCGCCACAUUCCACUGGCAAUGGGUUGAACUUAGGCUGCUUUUGAAUGAACUGGCUCUCAUUGAAAAACUGCAGACACACGAUAUAUCAUUGGCUAAUGCUAUAAAGUUGUCUUCACCGAGUUCUGAGAAGACUGCUGCUUCUGAGAAUGAGAACAAUUUUAUUCAAAUAAUUCUCACAAGGUUACUUGUUAGACCUGAUGCUGCACCUCUUUUCUCGGAGUUGGUUCAUCUUUUUGGUAAGUCGCUGGAGGAUUCUAUGUUGUUGCAGGCUAAAUGGUUCCUUGGAGGUCUAGAUGUCCUCUUUGGUCGAAAGACCAUUAGACAACGACUAAUUAACAUUGCAGAGACCAAAGGAUUAUCCAUUAAGCCUCAGUUUUCAAAGCCCUGGGGUUCGUUUAGCCCAUGUACUGAUCUAAUAACUUCAAUGAGGGAUAAAAGGAAAGUCGAUUCUCUGUCUCUUGAAGAAGGAGAAGUUGUUGAAGGAGUGGAGGGCUCAGCCAUUAAGCAGCUACAUGAGACUGAGAGGGCUUUUCUUGAAUUAAUUCUUCCAUGCAUAGAUCAAAGCUCCGAUGAAUCUCGUUAUUCAUUCGCAAGUGAUUUGAUCAAACAAUUAAGUUAUAUUGAGCAACAAAUAGCCGCUGUUACUCGCGGUCCAGGCAAGUCAGCAGCAAGUAUGCCUGUGACUGAAAGUCCGACAAAUAAAGUAAAUGCCCGCAAAGCUAUAAAAGGUGGUAGCCCUGGAUUAGCCAGACGACUAACAUCUUCCACAGAUUCUUCUCCACCUUCUCCUUCAGCUCUACGCGCCUCAAUGUCAUUGCGUAUCCAGUUAAUCAUAAGAAUCCUUCCUAUUCUUUACACAGACGGGGAGCCCUCUGUGCGGAACAUGAGACACACACUUGCCUCUGUAAUUCUUCGACUACUUGGUAGUCGAAUCGUGCUUGAGGAUGCAAACGUUUUGGUUAAUGUCACACACUCUUCUCUGCCAAAAGGGGAUGUGGAGUCACCUUCAGAAGUUGCUUGUGCUGCUUUUGUAGAUUCUUCUGUUGAGGGCCUUUUUGAUCGAAUGUUGUUGAUUUUGCAUGGUUUGUUAAGUAGUAAUCCUCCAAGCUGGCUUAGGUUGAAACCUGUUUCAAAGACAACUAAUGAACCGAUACGAAAGGUUUCUUCUGGAUUUGAUCGAGAGUUGUUGGAGACUUUGCAGAAUCACUUAGACUCCAUGCAACUGCCAGACUCUAUCCGGUGGCGAAUCCAAGCUGCAAUGCCUGUGCUCCCUCCCUCUCCGCGGCGGUCUUUCUCUUGUCAGCCACCAUCUGUUCCAAAUUCUUCCAUUGUAUCUCUUCAACCCAGCAUUAAAAAUUCCGGGUUUAACUCCAACAGUUUGGCUACACCUCAGAGGAGCCCAGCUCCACUAUCUAGGACUGCAACAUCAGGGAAAUCAAAACAACAGGACAAUGAUUUCGAAUUUGACCCUUGGACACUUUUAGAGGACGGUGCUGGAUCUUGCCCUUCUGCAAGUAAUGUUGGAGGUGGCGACAUUGUUAACAUCCGUGCCGCCAGCUGGCUUAAAGGGGCUGUAAGGGUGAGAAGAACUGACCUUACUUACGUUGGUGCUGUGGAUGAGGAUAGUUGAUUAACAAGUUUUUUAAUUGGUUUUGGAGUAUUCAAAGCAAACCCCUCAGCAGGUGUAUUUGUUGUUUCAUUAUCUAUUUUUGAUGCAUGAUUGGCCAAAGCGUAAGGCGCAAAGAUGCCAUUUGUGCUAGCCCUUGUGUUGAACAUGUAAGAAAGUCGAAGGGGCAUCAUUUUGAGUAACAUGUGAAAGGGAUUGGUUGUUUGGUGAAGGAAAGUGAAGGUGAUAGCUGUUGAUCAUACCCCCUCUCAAUAUGGACUUGUGCAUUUCCUUGAACAGUUCAAGGGUCUGUUGUAUAUAUAGGAUGACUUGUUUCAAUUUUCAAUUUAUUUUGAGUAAAAUAUUAAGUGAUUUUUAGCUGUUUCUUUCUCAUUCAUGUCUUUAUGUGUGAGCUGUAUUUAGGAGGUCACAUGCACACAUGAAGGCACCUAACCAUUUUUUGUUUGUAUAUUCACAUUAUCAAAAUUAUACAUGCUUUCAUAUGGAGAAUCUGCAUGAAAAGCAACAUUCAAUCA